CUCUCUCUCUCUGUCUCUCUCUCUCUGUCUCUCUCUCUCUGCCCGUGCGAAUAGGAGCUGUUUGUGUGCAGCUGUGGAGAUUAUGUAGGGGGAUGAUUUUGUGGAGAAGUAAAUGUGAAAUCUGAUUAUGCCUGAGCGGGGGGAGGGGGAAGCAGAGAGAGAGAGAGAGAGAGGGGGUUGAGGGAGAUGUGCUGAGGCAAUGGCUUUUCCACUCUGGAUCCGGUGAGGCCGCUUCGAUGGCGUGAAAGGACACACUUCGCCUUGCUGUGCUCCGGCUUUGCCGUAGAGAUUCAGGGUUUUAAUGGGAUGCACUAUAUACGCAGCCAGCCCUGAGGCUCCACCGGAGGGGCCUGAUACCAGGAGACGGCCCCAUGCCCCCAGCUCCCGGACCUCUCACGCACGCAACCGAACCAAGACCAUGAGUGAGCCCCAGGAGCAUGCUGAUGAUGUUGGCCUGAUAACACAUCAGGAUCUGUCAGAGACCCCGAAGGAGGAAGACCCUCACAGCCCUUCACACUUCAGGGUUCAACUGAUAGAUGAUCUGUCUUACGAGGAUGUAAAGAAAUGUUACAGGGGCUCGACCGUCAGCAAGUACAACUCGCAGUACCACAAACUAUUUCAGAAUGUGCCCAAAGAGGAGAUCCUCAUGAAGGUGUACUCCUGCGCUUUGCUGCGCGACAUCCUCCUGCAAGGCCGACUCUACAUCUCCAGAAACUGGCUAUGCUUCUAUGCCAACCUCUUUGGCAAGGACAUUAAGCAGGUGGCCAUCCCAAUAGUUUCUGUGCGGCUGGUAAAGAAGCACAAGACAGCUGGACUGGUCCCCAAUGGCCUGGCUAUCACUACAGACAGCAGCCAAAAGUAUGUAUUUGUAUCUCUGCUGUCCAGGGACAGCGUGUACGACGUGCUGAGGCGGAUCUGCACACAUCUACAGGUCAAUGGCAAGAAGAGCCUCAGCCUCAAACAGUACAUGGAAGAGCCCACCUCCUUGUCUCUGGAUGAGUUCCCUGUCCCUGAUGAGUACCCUGUGACUGUAGAUGAGUUCACUCCAGUGCUGAAGUGGAGGAGGAAGCCUUCAGUGGCAUCCGUCUCCUCUUCCCUGCCCGACCUACUGGGCAAUUCCACCAGCAGCCUCAGUGCUGUGGACACUCCUUUUCAGCCCGAAGAGCCUCUAGAGGAGAGAGGACUAGAGGCUGAGAAGAUCCUCCUCACAGAGCCAGUACCUGAACUGGGCCAGAUGGAGUACCAGCUGCUGAAGUUCUUCAUCCUGCUAAUUAUCCUCCUCAUCCUGUCCUCCUGUUACCUGGCGUUCCGUGUGUGUAGUCUGGAACAGCAGCUGUCUUUCCUCAACAGCAACACAGCACUUCCCCUGAGGGAGAGGUAACUGUGGCUGAAAGGACAACUUUCCCUGCACUGGUCACUGAAGACUAUGCAAACUGACUCUUAUUUAUUGCUGUAGUGAAACAGAGCCACAGACCCCUUGGAUUGUGGGGUUGUUUAAAAGACUGAAUGAAGACAGUAGGUAGGACAGCAAACACUGAUGCAAGCCAUUCUGUGCUGCUGGACAGCAGAGGACAUGAAGACACAGUGCUGGACACAGAAUAUUGGACUGUGGUCACUUAAUGCACAAAAUGGCAUCAGUUUCCCCUAAUAGGAGCCACUGGUCAGAGCACAUUUCAUUUGUUUUAAAGGACUUACAAGCAAUACAAGAUAAAAAAUUUUGUGCAGGAAGAUUAUCAGAUUUAACUGCAUAUACAAAAGAAUUAGCGAAGACAGAAUGUUUGUGCUCUGAUCUGUUAAAGUAAGCAAUGUUACAAAUGAAGGCAGUUAAUCUGCUCACUCAGCCACAUGUAUUUAUGUUUGUAUGUUAAUCUUUAAUCUUAACUGCUGUCUACAGAGUUAUUACCGACACGCCAUAUCGAUAUGCAAAUUACAUGUGGAUCACACUAGUAUGAGUUAAGAAGGUAUUUCAAAUAAGCAAAUAUGUUUUGCCCUUUAUCUGCAAAGAGCUGGACUUUUUAUAAUAUCCUCAAGUUGUAGCUUAAUUGUGCUAAAUCACUUUUUCUCAGGACACAUAUUACAAUUAAUAUUUUUAACUACAGCAAUAGCAAAGAUCUUUCAUCAGCCACAUUUACAGCGGUCAGCAGUAUGAUGCUGAAACCUGACGUUACAUAUAUACCAGAGUCAGUAAGACGCAAAAACACUGAGUUCAUCUUUGUAGCAAGAAAAAACACAGACUUUCUUAUGCAGUUUUCAUUUUCUUUCCAGCAGUUGUCAUUGUACUGUGCUGUUUUCCGGUAAAUAUGUAAACAGUCCUAAUCUUGCUCAUUUCACACUGUUUAACUGUAACUGUUGACCCUGCACAUCAUAUAAACUGUGUAUGGAUUUCAUAUCAACAAAUAGAAUGUGUAGUAAGCCAUACAUGAGGCACAGCUGUGCUGUUUUCAGGGCUUAGACUAUAAAAGGAUGUCAUUUUGCACCUCUGACAUAGAUGAGUGAUGUCAGAAACCAACCAAGCUGAAACAUUUUGAGGGUUAAAUUUAACUCUGAUGAAAAAUCAAAGACGAUAUUUGAACAGAUCCUCCACAGCCGUUAAACCUUCCCACCAACGCUCUUAUGCUUAUAUAAAGGCUGUUCUCUGUUAAAAAAGUAGUUAUUAAGAGCUUAAAACUGGAAUAUGUGAAGUUUAAGUUGUUUUUUUUCUGUGAAUGAAUACAUUUCCAAGAAAUGAAAACUGGUGAAGUAUCCUCUUCGGUCUCAGUAGUGUUCUUCCGGCUCGGACUAGUUAAGCUGAAUGUGAGUUGUUAAACAGUCUGAACCACUGUGUAAUAAAUAUUUGAUGAGAAAAAAAGCUGUCCACUGUGAAAAAUAGAGAAAUAAGCAGUCAGAUCAGGAUUGCUCAGCCUUAUCAACCAAAAAGCAGCAAAGCAGUGCAAGGCAGUGUUUGACCAAGCUUGUUUUUAAUGACAGCUGACCUUUUUCUUUGAUUUAGAUUGUGGAAUGAGUUCUAACUUAUUUUUCAUUUAUUGUCAAAAUUCAUCACCACAUACUGUACUGUGCAAAUGUCAGAGACCACCCUUAAUUUUUUAAUUUACAGUCAUAUCAGCCAAUUUAUUGAUGCUUCUGAGGAGAUUAGAUCUCUAUUAAAAAAGUUAAAAGUUAAAAGAAUAAAAAAUAUUAAAAG